AACACAUACCAAGAAAGACGUUUCUUCCAGUGACAUCGGCCUCUGCCCAACCUCCAGAAACAAAUUUCACACCACUCCUGCUACCGAAGCUUCAGCUUCAUGCCCCACAGUAAACAUGAGUACAGUCCUUGUGAACUUCCUGAAAUUACUGCUCCCAAAUGUGUUGUGAAGAAGCUGCCGUCCAUCUGGAACAGUGCAGGGCCAGGGGUGAGGUGACGGCACGGAGACCCACGCCGGCGUGCUCGCUUCCGGUUUACCCAAACAGUGAGGACAAGGCAUUGGAUUCGGAGCAGCAAUAUCCUACGCCGCUUGCUUGCUUCAAUGCUUCUGCACACCACUUUAACUCCACUGCAGCUACCUCUGCACUCUGCACUCCUUACCUACCGGAAUGUACCCAAAGUGGCAGCCAGGACACCCCACACCAGCUGCUGCUGCUGAAUGAAGCCAGGACGCAGGACAGCAGACGGCCGGUGACGGUGAGGCUGCAGCUCAAAGUCCGUUUCCCUUCCUGUUCGAGCUGGCCUCGUCACUUGUCAGACUUGCAGGAGGCGCGGAUUGACGACGAUCUCCGAGGUUGUUCCGAGGAAUCGGAUGUGGGGGUGAAGCCGGCCGCGAGCGAGGAGGGUAAGGAUGGAGGGAUCGAGGCCGAGGAGGGGCUCACCGUCGGCGCAGGCGAGGGUCCGCACCGUGCCGAUCGCCGUCACGCCGGAGGGCUUCUGGUGCUGCCCGUCCCCGGCGGCGCUGCACAAGAGCCUCAAGAACCCGCACCACCACGCCGCUGGCGGCGGCGGCAACAAGCAUGCGCCGCAGCAACCACACAAGACCCCAUCGGCCCCUCCGUCCAAGGCGCCAUCAGUCCAGACCGCGCCGUCCGUGACCGACGAGCCACCGGCGCCCGCCGACGAGCAGCAGCCGCAGCAGGCGGAGGACCAAACGGCCGCCGAGGCCCCGGCGCCGGCGGGUGGGCAGCAGGAGCCGCAGCACAAGAUCUGCGUCGGGUUCGGGCGGCCGGAAACCAGCGACCUGACGGUGAUGCUGUACGGGAAGGAGGGGAUCGCCGUCAAGAUAGGCGUGCACAGGGACGUCCUCUGCCGGAGCAGCGCCUUCUUCGCCGCGCGGCUCGCCGGCGGCCACGGCUUACCACCGCCCUGCGUGGAGAUCCACGACUGCGACGACGCGGAGAUCUACGUGGAGACCGUCGGCCUCAUGUACUGCGACGAGGCCAAGCACCGGCUGCUCAAGCAGAGCGUCCCGCGCGUCCUGCGCAUCAUGAAGGUUGCCGAGGUACUUGGCUUCCAUGGAUGCGUCAAGUCAUGCCUGGAUUACUUGGAAGCUGUCCCUUGGGUCGGCGAGGAAGAAGACAGUGUUGUCUCAUCGAUACGGCAUCUUCAGAGCAAGGAUUAUGGAGUAACUCCGCUGCUAAGAAGGAUUACCUCUGACAAUCUGAACUCACCAUUUGAGACAUUAGCAAACAUAAUGGAGAUGGUACUGACCAGCACCGAUGAUCGGGGGCGUCGGGAAAUGAAAGCCCUGGUUCUGAAUCUUCUCAAGGACAGCAGCCAUUGCACUGAUGGAUCUUCAGACAUCUGUUCCGAAACAUUGUACAGUUCGUGCCAAGGUUGCUUGGACAGGCUCCAUCGACUAUUUACAGAAGCAUCUGAAGAGGAUUAUUCAGUGAGUGUCACGCGGCGGAUAACUCUUGAGACUGAUAAUCUCCUAUGGCUGGUGGAGAUUCUUGUUACCCAGCGAAUCUGCGACGACUUUGUGGUGAUGUGGUCAAGCCAAACAGAGCUUGCCGAAUUGCAUUCCAAAUUGCCAGGAGCCUCUCGCCACACAGUGAGCUGCAUCACGGCGAGGCUUUUUGUCGGCAUUGGGAGAGGGGAGAUGCUUCCAUCCAAGAACACCCGUCUUCGCCUCCUGCAGGUAUGGCUGCAAGCGUUGAUCGACGACUACUCGUGGCUGCAAUGCAGCUGCCGGUCGUUUGACAGGAAGCUCGUCGAGGACGGGAUCGGGCAGACGAUCCUGACGCUUCCAUUGGAGGACCAAAGGUCUAUACUACUGUCAUGGUUUGGGAGGUUCUUGAAAUUGGGGGAUAACUGCCCGAAUCUGCAAAGGGCAUUUGAAGUGUGGUGGCGAAGGACUUUCGUCAGGCCGUAUGUUAAUCAGGCUGAGGCAGGUAAUGUUUUAACAUCAGAUAGAAGCUCACCUUGAAGUGGCAGGGGGAUUAAAUUUAGCUGACCAUAGAAUCUUUGUAUCCUGAGGGUAUUGUCUUGGUUGGUCAAUCUGACAUGAGAACUGGUUGGAAUUUGGGUGUUUUCUUUCCUCGUUCUGUAAAGUUUGGUGGUGGUAGAAAUUUGUGUAAGACUACUUGUUUAACUUGUGUGUAAAAUCAGAUGAUUUUCCCUAUUUAUGAGAAGAAAAUCAUCAUCAAUGAAUCCUCUCCAUUGUACCUCCUGUGGCAAUCCAUUUCCAUUUUUCGUA